AUGCGUUUGCAUCUAUAUACAAGGUUCGUGACGGAUGCCUGGGUUAAUGAAAACCAAACGCGAUCUAUUCCUAUUCAAGAUAACAUCAGCAGCAACUGCAAGGACUUUAAUAAAACAUUUCUACAAAAAUUUAAUUCUAAUCCUAUGAACAUUUUACAACAACAACACCAACUACAACCACAACUUCAACAACAACAACAACCACAACAGCAACAACAUCAACAAUAUCAACAACAUCAACAACAACAACAGCAUGAACAACAAAUAUCAACACCCAAAAUAUUAAGCUGGAGAUCGCAACUACCAACGCCCACAACAAAACUAUCCGCAAAAACAUUAACAUCGUUGCGAAACUUCCCAACAACAACAUUUCAACAAAACAAAAACAUCAACAACAACAAAAACAUCAAUAACAACAACAACAUCAACAAAAACAUCAACAACGAUUUCUACCAGCAAAAAACCGUUUCAGCACCUGUAGUUCUGCAUAGGGGAGGUAAUAACAACAAAAUCAACAACAUCAAAAAAAACAUCAACAACAACACCCUCAUCAAGCACAACGACAACAACAACAACGACAACAACAACAACGUCCAACAUCUACCUCCAAUCUCUCACAACAACUUCUUUUCUAGUGGUAGCUUUGUCAGCUCUAACAGAAAAAACACUAACAACAACUACGAUACUAACAACAAUAACAGCAGCAACAACAACAAUAAUAAUAAUAACAAAAAUAUUACGAUAAAAAAUGGAGCUAUCUUAAGUUCAAUAAGAUUUAAUAGAAAAAAUUCAAGUCUUCCUAACUUAGACCAACGUCAUCAGCAACAAAACCAGCAGCAGCAGCAGCAACAACAACAACAACAACAAUAUUCACAACGCGAUUUACAAAAAUUUGUCGAUCAACAGAUAUUGUUGAAACAGCUGGAACAACAAGAGCUAAUUGAAAUGCAGCAACAGUUGAUUUUACAACAGCAGCAGCAGCAACAGCAACAACUACAGCAACAGCAACGACAGCAGCAACAGCAGCAACGACAGCAGCAACAACAACCACAGCAGCAGCAACAACCGCAGUCAAGAUUCAAACCGGUCAAAAAGAUGAACUCAACUGAUAACUCUCAAUUACUAAUUAAUGACGAUAGCAUCAAAAGUCUAAACAAAAACUUCAACAUCAACAACAACGACAUCAAAAACAUCAACGACACUAACAUUAGCAACGUUAACGAUGACAACAACAACAAUUACGACGUUCCCUUUCCUGACUUCAUAGAGCCAUCUCCGUCGGUAAAUACCGAAUACCGUUUGUAUACCGUCAAAGACUACAAGGCGCUGAAAGUAGAGAUGUCACAAGGUAUAAAUACCGGCUCGCUAGGUCCCGAUUUAUACAGCGAUGAUUACAGGAAAAAGGUUGUACGUUCGGAUGAUUGA